UGUACUACACGAGCAUAGAUGUCGCUUUUGUUAGGUUAAGUCGUGUCAAUCUUGUUGUUGACGUGUAAAUUGUGGAUGGGAAGGAAAAUUUUGAAGUUUUCGGUUUUCCUUGAACGAAUUAUAAAGUGAUAUAAGAUGAACGCAUUCAAGCGAGACAAAAAGGAAGAAGAAGAGGGAAGUGGUAAUCCUUUCCAAAACAUAGAAAAAACUACUGUCCUGCAAGAAACUCGGAUAUUCAAUGACUGUCCCGUGGAUUCAAGAAAAUGCACACACAUUCUUACCAAAAUCUUGUAUCUCUUGAACCAGGGUGAACAGCUUGGUACUACAGAAGCUACUGAAACAUUCUUUGCCAUAACAAAACUCUUCCAGUCUCAAGAUGUUAUUCUUCGACGUAUGAUGUAUCUUGGUAUCAAGGAGUUAUCAACCAUAGCUGAAGAUGUGAUUAUUGUAACUUCAAGUUUGACUAAAGACAUGACUGGGAAGGAGGAUUUGUACAGAGCAGCUGCCAUUCGUGCUCUGUGCAGUAUAACUGAUGUGUCUAUGCUCCAAGCGAUUGAGAGGUACAUGAAACAAGCUAUUGUGGAUCGUAACUCGGGAGUGAGCAGCGCUGCUUUGGUUAGCAGCUUACACCUCACAAAGAUUGCAGGUGAUGUUGUGAAACGAUGGGUAAAUGAGGCACAGGAAGCUGUCAACUCUGACAGUGUGAUGGUCCAGUACCAUGCUCUGGGUGUCCUGUACCACAUUCGCAAGUCCGAUCGCUUAGCUGUUAACAAAUUGGUUGCCAAAUUAACUCGUAUGUCUUUAAAAUCUCCAUAUGCAGUCUGUAUGUUGAUUCGAAUUGCUUACAAGUUGCUUGAGGAGGAAGAUUCUUCAGGAGGUGCAUCGUCAUAUUCUACACUGUUUGAUUUCAUAGAGUCAUGUCUCCGUCAUAAAAGUGAGAUGGUGAUCUAUGAGGCUGCUCAUGCUAUUGUUAAUCUGCGCCGUACAACGUCUGUGGAACUAGCCCCAGCCGUCAGUGUUCUGCAGUUGUUCUGCAGUAGCCCUAAACCAACUUUGAGGUUUGCUGCUGUCAGAACGUUGAAUAAGGUUGCCAUGUCUCACCCUGCAGCAGUAACAGCCUGCAAUUUAGACCUGGAAAAUCUUAUCACUGACUCAAACCGGUCCAUUGCCACAUUGGCAAUUACAACACUUCUGAAGACAGGAGCAGAAUCUUCGGUGGACAGAUUAAUGAAGCAGAUUGCUAGCUUCGUUUCUGAAAUUAGUGAUGAAUUCAAAAUAGUUGUGGUUCAGGCAAUCCGAGCACUUUGUUUGAAAUUUCCACGUAAGCACAGUGUCCUGAUGAACUUUCUCUCGGCCAUGUUGAGGGAUGAAGGAGGGCUAGAAUACAAGGCCUCGAUUGCUGAUACCAUCAUUACCAUAAUUGAAGAAAAUCCAGAAGCAAAAGAGACCGGUUUGGCACACCUUUGUGAGUUUAUUGAGGACUGUGAACAUACGAGCCUUGCUGUCCGCAUUCUACAUUUGCUUGGAAAGGAAGGCCCCCGCACUAAGCAGCCGUCCAGAUAUAUUCGAUUCAUCUAUAACCGUGUUAUCCUGGAGAAUGCGCCGGUCAGAGCCGCUGCAGUGGCUGCUAUGUCUCAGUUUGGAGCAACCUGUCCUGAUCUUCUGCCCAAUAUACAGGUUCUGUUAGCUCGUUGUCAGAUGGAUACUGAUGAUGAGGUCAGAGACAGGGCCACCUACUACUACAGCAUUCUUGAGAAACAGGAUAAAUCAUUGGCCAACCAUUACAUCGUGGAAGGAUUGCAGGUUUCGAUACCCAGUCUUGAAAGAGCUCUUCACCAAUAUACCAUUAGUCCAUCAGAUGUUCCAUUUGACAUGAAAUCAGUACCUUUAGCAGCUGUUCCAUCUGCUGAGGAAAUUGUUAAUCCGUCUGGUAAAGGUGUACAAGCUGAUGGCAUGCUCAUCUCUACUGCUUUGUCAGGUUCAAAGGUCUCGGCUGUAGCUGUCACUGUUAGUCGCGAAGAGUCAUAUGCGGAGAAACUACGCAACGUGCCGGAAUUGGUAGCGCUUGGCCCACUGUUCCGCAGCUCAGAUCCCGUUGAACUUACAGAAUCAGAAACAGAAUAUGUGGUGCGCUGUAUCAAGCAUUCCUUUCCACAACACCUUGUUCUGCAGUUCGAUUGCUUGAACACAUUAAAUGAUCAGCUGCUGGAGAAUGUGCGAGUCCAGGUGGAACCACCUGAUGGUUAUCAGCUGGUGCGAGAAGUUCCCUGCCCUUGUCUUCCAUAUUCAGAGACAGGGACAGCGUAUGUGGCAUUGAAAUUUCCUGAAGAAUUGGGAGCCACAAUUGGUACAUUUAAUGCAACUCUGAAGUUUCUGGUGAAGGAUUGCGAUCCAGCCACGGGCUUACCGGACUCUGAUGAAGGCUAUGAUGACGAGUACAUGCUUGAGGAUGUUGAGGUGACACUUGGUGACCAGAUACAGAAAGUAACAAAGACAAACUUUGGUGCUGCUUGGGAAGAAGCUGGCGAUAGUUAUUGUGAACUCGAAGACACAUACAGUCUGUCCAGUGUGAGCACAUUGGAAGAAGCCGUGAAGGACAUCGUCAAUUUCCUGGGUAUGCAGCCAGCUGAGCGGAGUGACAGAGUCCCCGAAGGAAAGUCCUCACAUACAGUCUUCCUAGCAGGGGUGUACCGCGGAGGGUACGACAUACUGGUACGAGCAAAACUUGCACUGGCAGAAGGAGUGACAAUGCAGCUCACUGUAAGAUCUACUAAUCCUGAUGUUGCGGAGCUUGUGACAUCUGCUGUGGGAUAAUGCUGCACUUUGGGUGUCCUUAUAAUGUUGCGUAAGUCACUAACAAGUGUAUUCCUUCAAGGGCUAAAAAUUCCACAAUUCCCUUUUAGUGAAGUAGUCCAAUAUAUAAAUUGAUGCUUUGUCAGAAGUUUAUAGAUACUGUGUUGUAAUUAUGGUCGACUUGUCGCUCUACUUGUAUUCCUUGUGUUUGCAACUCUGAUUACACAUUUUUGCACACCUAAUUUUUUUAUUUGUUUAAAUAAUAUCUACUAUUAAUCUUUAAGAAAUCAAGAUUCUCCUAAGGCAUCGUGGUAUAGGUAAUGCCAAAGGCUGCAGUGUGAAUGAUCCAUAAUUGAGAUAUUACAUAGCUGAAGAAACACAGAAUAAAAUAAUUUGAUGUGGCACUUUGGUAAACAAGGGCCAUAUAUCUCAUCAGUGUCGAAUCUUUCAUACCAUAAGCCUGUUUCCUUCAGAAAACCAAGUGUCAUCAUUAAUUCAGUAUUUAACGUUCAUGAACAAUUUCUUGUGAAAAAUAUAUGAUUUUGUGAAUCACCUGAAGACAGCAAAGGUGUUUGCUUUAUAAUUUCAUGUAGACAGCAAUAAACUACAUGCAUGAUG